CGUCCUAGACUUUUCUCCACGUGGGGGAGAGUGGUUGCUCAGGCUGGAGAUGGCUUCCCUGUACGUGGAGGAAUUGCUGGCGCGCGCGGAGGAGCGCGAGGCCGAGACGCUACGCAGCGUGACGGUGCACAAGGAGCUGGACCUGGAGUUCGACGCGGGCAACCUGCUGGCGGUGGAUAAGAAUCCGGUGGCGCGCGCCGUGGCGCGAGAAGGCGCGGCUCGCGAGGACCUGCUGAGAGUCUUGGCCCGCGACAACACGCAGCUGCUGGUGGGCCAGCUGUGGGCGCUGCCUUCGGAGCGGGCCGAAGGAGGGUCGGGGCCGGUGGUGGUCAAGCUGCCCGAGCCUUCGACCCGCCUGCCCAGGGAAAAGCCGCUGCCCAAGCCCCGGCCGCUCACGAGGUGGGAGCAGUUCGCCAGGCUCAAAGGUAUCCGCCCGACGCGCAAGAAGCGCGGCACGCUGGUCUGGGACGAGGCGGCGAAGGAGUGGCGGCGCCGCUGGGGUUACCGCCGCGCCGGGGCAGACCCGAAGCGCGACUGGGCUCUGGAGGUGCCCGAGGGGGCCGACCCGCUGGAAGACCAGUUCGCCAAACGGCGGCAGGAGAAGCGCGAGCGGGUGGCGCGCAACGAGUUCAACCGCCUCCGCAACCUGGCGCGCGCCCACCGCGGAGCCGCCCCGGAGCUCCACCCCACCGGCCACCAGGACCGGGCUGAGCUGGGCCGCGCCACCGCCGUCGCCCGCCUCGCCACCGCCUCCCGCGGCCGCUUCCAGCCUCGCCUGCCCAAGGAGCCGCCCGUGGCGAAGAGCCCCGGAGGGGGGAAGAAGCGCCACUUCGGACCGGUGCUGGGAGAUUUGGAGGGGGAGAAGAAGCGGCAGCUGGAGCUGGUCCGGAGCCUGAACGCCAAGAAGCCGCCCCUGGACCUGACCCGCGCCGUCAACAAGCAGCUCCGCCAGGAAGACGCCGAGGCUGCAGCCGGCAAGGCCAAGGGCAAGAAGCGCGGGCAGCGCGGCAAGAGGGGGCGGCGGCAGCAACAGAGACCGGGCGGCGGCGGCGGCGCCAAGGGCAAGAAGAGCGGAGGAGCCGCCCGGAGAGGGAGCCAGGGGGGCCCUGGCCGCAUCGGGGGCAAGAGGAAAAAGAAAUGAGUCGUGCCACCGAGGGCCUGGUGGUUGGGGUGGGGGAGACGGAAUGGGCCCCGGUAAUAGCCUCCUUCAGCUGGUGAGAUGCUUGCCCCCGAAGCCUCAGCUGCUGGUUUUUGAUACGUGGCUAAAUGACAGUGUGGCUUUAGCCUGUGGCAGUUUUCCUCUAUAGUUGGACUGUGGCCUUACACCUUCAGAGACAGACUUCCUGGGAGUUAGUAAAAAGGGGAGAUGAUCUUGCCCCUCAAAAAUCUCAGCCGCCCCAAUUUCCAUAACUGGAGUGGGUUUGAUCAAACUGAUGAUCUCAGAAGGAACACUCUUCACCUGACAAGAAGUGCUGUGUUUUCCUAGGACACAAACACUGACACAGUGCUCAGAUGCCAGUGCUAGUUUAAAAUGGGUGGUGCAUGUUAUCAAGAAGGUUGAUGGAGCUCCAGCUCAGUUAUCAUUUUUUUAGAUUUUACUGUGAUUUGGAUUGAUGUUUACCUUGCACCCAAAGAAGUGAAGUCAUUGCAAGGGGUAUAGAGUUGAAAUACUUGAAAAAAAUCUCUUUUAUACAGAAUAAAAAGAAACAAAUAC